UGAUUGUCUGCGCACUCCUGGCUGUCUUCGUAUUCAGUAACCAUGUCGAACCUCUACCUCGCUGUUAUUGGUGUUGGCGGCGUUGGUACAGCUUUUCUCUCUCAACUAGCCAGCCUUGCGCCAUCGAUGCGUCCUACGCUGAUCUUCAUUUCACGUUCUUCAAAACAACUAUACACCAAUGACUACAAGCCUAUUUCUCCCUCAAACCUUCAGACCUCCCCUUCUAAGCUCUUGUCCCUCCCGGAGCUCACGACGUAUCUUGCGGCCGCCCCAGGGAAGAGCAUACUCGUCGACAACACGUCCAACCAGGACGUCGCAGCGGCGUAUCCCAGUUUUCUACGCAAGGGUAUCAGCGUGGUCACACCGAACAAGAAGGCGUUCAGUUCUAGCUUGAGCCUGUGGAAUGAUAUCUUCGAUGCCGUCGAUAAGAGCAAUGGUAAAGCAAUGGUCUACCAUGAGAGCUCCGUGGGCGCUGGAUUGCCUGUGAUUUCGACGCUGAAGGAUCUCGUUGCGACCGGAGAUCAAGUUACCAAGAUCGAGGGUGUGUUCAGUGGGACUAUGAGUUUCCUUUUCAACAGCUUUGCACCGGUGGAUGGCAGUGGAAAGGGUAAAUGGUCCGAGAUUGUGUCGCAGGCCAAAGACGCUGGAUACACCGAGCCUGACCCGCGUGAUGAUCUCAACGGAAUGGAUGUUGCGAGAAAGCUGACGAUCCUCGCGAGAUUGGCGGGGUUAAAAGUGCAAGGCCCGGAGAGCUUUUCUGUGCAGAGUCUGAUUCCGAAAGAGCUCGAGACCGUGGGGAGUAGCGAAGAGUUCAUGCAGAGGCUGCCAGAGUUUGAUGGCGACAUGGAAGCCUACAAGGACAACGCUGCGAAGCAAGGAAAGGUAGUCAGGUACGUCGGCAGUAUCGACGUGGCAAAGGGGGAGGUCAAAGUCGGUCUCCAAAUGGUGGAUCGGGGUACGCCGAUUGCAAGUCUCAUGGGUAGCGACAAUCUGAUUUGCUUCUACACGAAGCGAUAUCCAUGUCCCUUAGUGAUCCAGGGUGCUGGUGCUGGUGGCGAGGUCACUGCAAUGGGUGUCACGGGGGAUCUGAUCAAGGUCGUUGAGAGAUUGAGAUAGAAAUGAGGAUGAACCGUGAUGAAGAUAGG